UCUCACACACACACACACACACACACUCACACACACCACUCCCCUCACACAGCGCGAGGCUGCGGCUCGAGGGUUGAUCUUCAUUCACCUGAGCUCGGGGAGAGCACGCGCUGCCUCUGAGGGUCAGUCUGUUACCUGAACCACCAGGAGGUCACUGAGUCUGCGCGGGAUCACCUCUUCAUUCAGACAGACAGGACGACACAUCGGCGUGCGUCCAGUCUGCAGGGCGAACACACCGGCGUGCGUCCAGUCUGCAGGGCGAACACACCGGCGUGCGUCCAGUCUGCAGGGAGAACACAUCGGCGUGCGUCCAGUCUGCAGGGAGAACACACCGGCGUGCGUCCAGUCUGCAGGGCGAACACACCGGCGUGCGUCCAGUCUGCAGGGAGAACACACCGGCGUGCGUCCAGUCUGCAGGGCGAACACACCGGCGUACGUUCAGUCUGCAGGGAGAACACACCGGCGUGCGUCCAGUCUGCAGGGAGAACACACCGGCGUGCGUCCAGUCUGCAGGGCGAACACACCGGCGUGCGUUCAGUCUGCAGGGCGAACACACCGGCGUGCGUCCAGUCUGCAGGGCGAACACACCGGCGUGCGUCCAGUCUGCAGGGCAAACACAUCGGCGUGCGUCCAGUCUGCAGGGAGAACACACCGGCGUGCGUCCAGUCUGCAGGGAGAACACACCGGCGUGCGUCCAGUCUGCAGGGCAAACACAUCGGCGUGCGUCCAGUCUGCAGGGAGAACACACCGGCGUGCGUCCAGUCUGCAGGGCGAACACACCGGCGUGCGUCCAGUCUGCAGGGCGAACACAUCGGCGUACGUUCAGUCUGCAGGGCGAACACACCGGCGUGCGUCCAGUCUGCAGGGCGAACACACCGGCGUGCGUUCAGUCUCGCCUCCGUCCAGCUGCCGCCUUCAUCAGUAUGAGAGUUUCAUCAUGUCAGCCAAUGAGACCAAACUGGCGCCCCUUCUGUCCACGUAUGACCUCCGGCUGGCGUGCGGUCAGUGCUGCAUCAAACACGGAGAAAUCACCUACGCGUUAAGGUCCGUGCAGCACCGAUGUGAGCACGGUCUGCUGCUCUGCAGAGUGAAGGACGGCAGCACAUGGAGACCGGUCUGCAAGCGCCCCACCUUCCCGAACCCCAGCCGCUAUGAGGUCUGCUACUUCUUCAAGGAGGGCUUUGGAUGCACCCAACACAAGAACCGCUGCUCUUUCGCCCGGAGCCAAGAGGAGGCCGCCGUGUGGACCUUUGAGAAGCAACACAGAGUGGACCAUGGGCUCCUCUGUCACCUGAUCGCUCAGUCUGAGAGGGUCUCUGAGGGGGUCUCUGAGAGGGUCUCUGACGGCUCUGGACCUCUCACUGACCUGCUGGACACUCUGGAUUUGAAGGCAGCGUGUGAGUUAUGUUGCACCAAAGAGAAGGAUAUCACCUUCACAGUUCGCUCUGUCGGUCAUACAUGUAGGAGAAAUCUUCUUUUAGCCAAAUCCAAGACCUCUCAGCUGUGGCGCCCGGUCUCUGAGCGGCCCACAUCAGGACAGUUUGGACGUAAUGUCUUCUACCAGGAGUGUAUGUUCUUCUCUGAGGGCUUCGGGUGUUCUCAACACGGACAAAAAUGCACGUUUGCUCGAAGCUUCGAGGAGGCGACUGUUUGGAACCAUGUCAGAGACCUGGACCUGGACAGAGACCAGUUCAUCAGACUCGUGGUCGAGUCUGAGCCCACUCUGCUCACGCCUGAACGGACCGCUGAAAGCAUCCUCCAACAGUUCCCAGGGGGGUUCAUGGAGUUAUGCAGAGACUGCUUCCAUGAGAAGAAACUGAGCCGCAAGAGAUGGAACGCCACCUGUUCAUCAGACGCAAGGCACACCUGGGAGCCCGUCUUAGUCCACCACCUGGCAGAGAGCAGCGGGAAGCAGGUCUACAGCCAGGUGCGCCUUCUCCCCUCAAACUGUGAGUUUAAAUUCUGCAGCCAUGUCAGGCAGGGGAAGCCCUGCUGGCACCCGGCCGGUCACUGCCGCUCGGCCCAGAGCGACGUGGAGAUGUCGGUGUGGAGGGCGGAGCACAGCGGCCUCUCUGUUCGACCUCAUCUCCUCAAGCUGAGUCAGACCGGUCACACACAACCCGAACGCGGGACCAUGUACUGCAAAGUCUGCCUCCUGGUCCUGUCCUCCCCCGAGAGCUUCUACAAACACUGCUCUUCUCUGGAGCAUGCUCAGUUACUCUCUGAGGACACCACCACCAGGUGGAGAGGACGACGGCCUCCACACGGCCCGCGGGCAGACAUCUGGCUGUGUGAGAGACCACAAACAUGUGAGUACGGCAUCAGGUGUCCCAAAGCUCACACGAUGGAGGAGCUGCAGGAGUGGAUGAUGCGAGCUGCAGAGGAGAAGGAGAUCAGACACAACAUUGAGGAGCAGGGUCUGAUGUGCUACAGCGAGAAGCUGCUGGAGGAGUACAGGAACAGCAGCAACGAAGUGCACGUUGUAUCAGAACAGGUGGAUGAUGUCAGUGUCUCCUGUGAUGAAGACCUGAGUGUGCGCUGUGAGCAGAGCGAUGGGACACUGCAGUGGCACUUCCAGGUGGAAACAGAGAGACAGCUUGUCCACGUCGCGCUGCUGAAGCAGGAACCAGGAGCUUCAUUCAGCCUGGGUGAGACCACCUCUGUGCCCUGCAUCUACUCGACAGGCAAAGCCUUCGUCACAGGGGACACGGCCUACGACCUCACCGUGUCCUUCACAUCCAUCAACCCUGGCCUGUACGAACAGUGGUUAGUGCUGGACUUCAACAUGAGGCCUGUUCUGCUGAAGAAACUCAGAGUCAGAGUCGGCCAGCUGUCCCUGGAGGACUCUGAGGAACCAGCUGAGAGCCGAGCUGCUGCUGUUCAGACCGCUGAGCGCUGGCAUCGAGGGAACCGGCUCAUCAUCCCAUGUUCAUCCAGGAAAGAAGAACAGGAGGAGCUGCUGAAGGAGUACAAACCUCCUCAGAUUAACUUCCUUUAUAAAUCCUCCCACAACAAGCAGACCCCUCUGGACCACCAGAACUACAGAGAGAGAAUGCACGGCUUCCUCUAUGACGAAGAGCGAGCAGAGGACCAGAUCAUUUCACGGCUAAAUGUUCGCGGUGAAGUUAGGACCAUGGAUAAACUGAGAAGCACCAAAUACGGCCCCAUGAUUGCUCCUCCAGGACAACUCUACUGUGCUGUCUCGAUUCCUUGCAACCUCACACCAGACACCCCUGAGGGUCAGGUCCUAAAACGAAGCAUCCAGUCCAGCCUGAUCGCCCCUUCAGAUGAUGGACACUCGAAGGUCUACGAAGCCAGCAUCCUGCAGGACCGAACCAGUGAGAACCAGAUGUUUCUGCAGCUGUCUAGAAAAUGCUGCUCUGAUCUUUCACUCAGGAGCAAUGAGUCGUAUCAAAUGGAGGUACAGUUUCAGCUGCACCGCAUCAGCUUCUGCACCAUGCACAGGGCUGUAGACCUCCUCCCUGACACAAAGAGAGUGCUACCAGACCUCAAAACCUGCAGGGUUCCCGUGAGUAAUAUCCUGCACGAGAAGCUGAACGCAAAGCAGCUGUCAUCGAUUCACUUCAUCACAGGGAACUCCAAUGACCCCAAGAACGUGGCACCGCUCCUCAUUUAUGGACCGUUUGGGACCGGCAAAACCUUCACCCUGGCUACAGCCGCCCGAGAGCUGUGUGAGCGGCCACACAACAAAGUGCUGAUCUGCACCUACACCAACAGCUCUGCAGAUCUUUACAUCAGUCAUCACUUCCAUCCAUUCAUCAACGAGAGGAACGGUGAAACCAGGCCCAUUCGAAUAAAAGCCAACAAACAAGGGAAGGCUCUGCUCGCCACCGAUGACAUCACUUUGAAAUACUGUCUCCUCUCUGAAGACAGACAGUCUUUUCUGCCUCCAACAAAAGCCGCCCUCGAUCAUCACAACGUAGUCAUCACCACCACAUCGAUGGCCAAACGUUUGUAUGAGCUCAAGCUCCCGGAGGGAUACUUCACCCACAUCCUCAUCGAUGAGGCCUCUCAGAUGCUGGAGUGUGAAGCUUUGAUGGCUCUUGGUCUUGCCGGACCAGAGACCAGGGUGGUUUUGGCCGGAGAUCACAUGCAAAUGGGGCCGAAGCUGUUCUCUGUGGAUGAUCAUCACCGUUCGGACCAAACUCUCCUGACCCGUUUGUUCCACUAUUACCAAGGACAGAAGUGUGAGGCUGCAAACAACAGUCGCAUCAUCUUCAGUGAGAACUACCGCUCCACUUCAGAGAUCCUGGACUUCAUCUCCACUUAUUUCUACGUGGGUAAGAAUGACAUCAUCAAAGCUGUUGGAAAUAUACCCGCUCCAGCCAACGGCCAUGCCCUGAAGUUUUACCAUGUCAGGGGAGAGUGUGUCUUGGACAAGGUGUCCAUGUCCUGGUACAACAAACAAGAGGUUGCCCAGGUGGUUGAAGCAGUCAACGAGGUUUUCAAACAGUGGCCAUCAUCCUGGGGAAACAAGGACCAGGGCUCAGUCUGUGUUCUCUCAGAGUCAAAGCAGGUUUGGAGCAUCCGCACGGCACUGAGCAGGAAAGGCUUCCCUGGAGUCCAUGUGGAGAAUCUUGCCAAUGUUCAAGGGAAACAGUUCAGAGUGGUCGUGAUAACAGCUGUGCAAACACGAGACAGCCUCAAGACGUCUCACCUGGCUGGCCUGGAGCUGUUCAAUGAUGCCCGGGUCUUAAACACCGCCAUGACCAGAGCUCAGUCUCACGUGGUGGUGGUCGGAGACGCUGCUGCCCUCUGCUGCUUCGGGAAGUGCUCGGGGGUCUGGAAGGCCUUCAUAGACCACUGCAUCAGCAAAUGCAGUGUUGAGCCAAAGCACUUCACCAAAGAGUUCUUUGAAAGAGACGUCAUGGAAACGGCAAGGUUCCAAAAGUCCGAACAGGAGGAUGAGAGCAACAGCCUCAGUGAUGCCAUCCUUCAAGAGCUGAAAGAUGAAUACGAGCAGCUGAAAACAGAGUACAGCUCAGAAGAAGAAGAACCUGAAGUUAUCAAUCACCCCAAGUUCAGACCAUUAUACAGUGACAGUGAUGAGGACAAAGACCACGUGGAGCCAUGUGACACACAAGGGAAGAUGUUCAGGGAGUCUGCUAACAGAGGUUACGUCAUACCCUUUCAUGACCCGGCCAGGCAUGUUCACAUUAAGGGAAGAGGCAGCAUGGGUAAAGCCUUCACUGGAGACGAAGUGGACUUAAAGGAAACAAGAGUGGUGAGAAUCACCAAGGAAGCUGAAUCAGCCCGGGAACUGGUGUGCAUGCUUCAGGAGGAGGAUUACAGCAAACCAAGACAAACCUCUAAUGGAAAGUUCAUCAAACGGUUGAUGAUUCCUCUCAGCAGAUCUGAGCCCAAAAUAUGCAUACUGAUCAACAAGAAGAAACGGAACUUCAUGCCCAUAUGGCAGGAAGCUUAUGGGCAGUGGAAUCUGGUGGCAUCAGAACGUAUGAAUGAAUCACUCAGGCAGAAUAAUGUGUUUGUGGUGCAAGUGAUUGGCUGGAAGGCACGGUGUCAUUAUCCUCUGGGCAAUGUCACAGCCAUCAUCCCAGUGGGAAGGUCUUUGACUGAAGGGCUGAGGAUCCUGAAUGAAGAAUUCAAAGUUAGAUAUGGACCAGACAUGAGAUUCUCUGAGAGGGAUGAAGACAUUCACAGGGAGGACAGAUGUGAAGUUUGCACUUUCACUGUUGACUCUGAAAAAACAGAGAACUUGGAUGACGCCAUCAGCGUCAGGGAAACUGGAGACCUUUAUGAGUUGGGAAUCCAUAUUACAGAUGUUGCAAGCUACGUGCAUCCUAGUGAUAUAUUAGACGAACAAGCUAAACAACAAGGUGCUACAUAUUACCCUAAGGGUGCAAACCCCCAUCACAUGCUCCCUGAACACUUAAGAACUGAAAGCUUGAGUCUUCUGGAGGGUGAGGAUCGCAGGGCGGUUUCGCUGAUGUUCAAAGUAAACAAGCAAACUCAUGAGAUCAUUGAAGAGCCCGAGUUUCAGCUGUCACUGAUCAAGUCAGACAAAAAGCUGUCCUUCAAAUCAGCAGGAGAAGAGAUCACUAAAAGACAUGGACAGAGACCUGAGUUCACCACCGUGGAGGACUGUGUCAGCGUGGCGUAUCGUUUCGCCAAAGCUCGGAGGAAGGAGAGGCUCGUGGACUGGGCCUACUUCCAGCCUGACGAGAAGAGAGUCCCCGGAAAACGCAAAGCCAAUCUGAUGAUCGAGGAGCUGAGCGUGUUAUACAACACGCAUGCAUCCAAGAAACUGAUUAGUUCAGACAAGACCCAGUACUGCACACCGCUCCGCUGCCAGGAAGAACCUGAUGCUGAGAAGAUCGAAGAGCUGAAGAAGAACUGUGGAGGAUUAAUCCCGCUGUCCUUCGCGGUGCGGCGCAGGGUAGAUGAUGACGGACACGCCCCUAACUGUGAAAACUUCCGCAUACUUCAUGAAGUGUGGAGAGAGAUCCAGUCCGCUGCUGAGGCUGGUGAUGUAGACAAAAUGGUGGAUCUUAUCGCCGCAGACGACAUCCACCCUCUCCUCCAACCAGUCGUCAGUCAGUUCAGAAGCUGCUUCAGUAAAGCUCUGCUGAUCCCCUCUGGUCCCUCUAACACAGGCCAUUAUUCUCUGAGCGUGCCAUCCUACACACAAGCGUCUUCCCCAAUAUGGAGGUACAUGGACAUUGUCGUGCAGAGGCUUUUGCACUCUUUCAUAUGUCACAGGAACGCUCCAUACACGGAAAAGGAGAUCGCAAGUCUGUGCAGUGACUCUGAGUACAGCCUGAAGAAGGCCAAAGAGUACGAACAGAAGGCGGAGCAACACUUCUACGCCGUCAGCAUGAGAACCCAGACCGCUGCUAAACUGGCCUUCGUUGUCAGUGUGGAAUCUGCCAGAGAGAGCUUUUCAGUGUCGUUCCCCUUUAACAAGAAAGUUUUCACUGAGGGUCUCCCCAUCAUGUACAAGGAGUUUCAGCUGUCAGACCAACCAGAUCACGAUGAAGCAAAUCACUGUGUCAGACUCAAAUGGACAAGGCGGAUCUAUGCAGUUGACAACACGCAAUUCCAUGAAGAGUUGGAAACUCCACACUGUGGUCCCUGUGUGGAGCUUCCCCUGGAAGUGUGGAAAAAAACACUUCAAGCAAUUGAUGAAGAAAAGUGGGGACUUGCAAAGGAUCUCAUAAUGGAAGCAGGAACACAAGAACUGGAAAAACAAAACACUCUGCCCCCGUCAUCUGAAAUACUUUAUUCUGAGUCUGACACAAGCAGCUCUGAGCAGCAGGAGGUACUGGAGGAGGAUGAGGCCAUGCAACCACACCAAGACCUGAGAGAGUCCAGCUCUGACACAUCCAGCUCUGAAGAGCCAGAGGAGCCAGAGGAUCAAGAGGAGCCAGAGGAUCAAGAGGAGCCAGAGGAUCAGCAGCAGCACAGUGGGCACGAGGUUGAGAUCAACUUUGAGCUGAGGACAGGCGACACGCUUCAACUGCAGAUGACCUCUGAGCUGAGAAGAGGGUACCACAUGCCUGCUGUUCAGUUGGUACGCAUCAAACCAAAGUUUGAGAUCUGUGUGGAACACGUCCACAGCCCUAUCACCUGCUUCACCAAACCUGCUGAUGACCCCACAAAGAUUUAUUACAGAGACACUAUGGAGUACAAAGAGAUCUGGACACCUCUGUGUGAGAUGGAAUCUGCUGCCAAUGCAGUGAAUGAAGAGGACAGCAUCAUCAUCGAGAACCUGAAGGUGACCUUCAAACAGGAGCAGAGAGGAAUGCUAACAGGAAGGUUCUUCCUCUCUCAGGCACAGAUGGAUGAAUGGGCCAUCGAGUGCAACCUCUCAAAGUGUUUACUGUGCAUACGGAAAAGAGGUGUGACGCCG